AUGGCUUCUUCGGACGUUGCUCGGCAGCCGGAUAAAGGAGUCCGACCCCUAUCCCUGGAUGGCCAUGUGGGUUUCGACAGCCUUCCAGAUCAGCUUGUCAACAAGUCCAUCUGCCAGGGCUUCUGCUUCAAUAUUCUCUGCAUCGGUGAGACCGGUAUUGGAAAGUCCACUCUAAUGGAUACUCUCUUCAAUACCAACUUUGAGAACUUUGAGUCAUCCCACUUUGAGCCUCAGGUGAAGCUGAGGGCUCAGACCUACGACCUGCAGGAGAGUAAUGUCAGACUGCGCCUCACUGUGGUCAACACUGUUGGCUUUGGAGACCAAAUGAACAAGCAAGAGAGCUAUCAGCCGGUGGUGGACUACAUCGACAGACAGUUUGAGAGUUAUCUGCAGGAGGAGCUAAAGAUCAAGCGCUCUCUGCACAACUACCAUGACUCGCGAGUCCAUGCCUGCCUUUACUUUAUCUCACCCUCAGGUCAUUCCCUCAAAUCCCUGGACCUGGUCACAAUGAAGAAAUUAGACAGCAAGGUGAACAUUAUCCCUGUGAUCGCCAAAGCUGACACCAUCAGUAAGAGCGAGCUGCAUAAGUUCAAGAUUAAAAUCAUGAGUGAGCUGGUGAGCAACGGCGUCCAGAUCUACCAGUUCCCCCUGGAUGAUGAGACCGUGGCAAAAGUCAACACUACUAUGAAUGGUCAUUUGCCAUUUGCUGUUGUCGGCAGCACAGAGGAAGUCUGCGUUGGCAAUAAGAUGGUGAAGGCUCGUCAGUAUCCCUGGGGUGUAGUACAAGUGGAGAACGAGAAUCACUGCGACUUUGUGAAGCUGAGGGAGAUGCUGAUCUGUGUUAACAUGGAGGACCUCAGAGAACAGACCCACACUAGACACUAUGAGCUCUACAGACGCUGCAAACUGGAGGAAAUGGGCUUCAAAGACACAGACCCUGAGUGCAAACCUGUCAGUUUGCAGCAGACUUACGAGGCCAAGCGUCAGGAGUUCCUGGUGGAGCUGCAGAGGAGAGAGGAUGAAAUGAGGCAGAUGUUUGUGCAGAGGGUGAAGGAGAAGGAGGGCGAGCUGAAGGAGGCUGAGAGAGAGCUGCAGAGCCGCUUUGAGCAGCUGAAGCGCCUCCAUGCAGAUGAGAAAGCAGCCUUGGAGGAGAAGAAGCGACACCUCGAGGACGACCAGAGCUCCUUCAGUAAGAGACGAGCUGCUGCUCAGCUCCUGCAGGCCCAGAGUCUCACUGUCAACGGCAAGAAGGACAAGGACCGCAAGAAGUAA